AUUUUACAUAAAUGGACCAGAAGGAUAUCACUGACUUGAAGGAUAUGCACCUUGAGAAGUACAUCCCUAUCAUUGGUACCCACUUGAGUGGCUGGAAGGAUGUCAAAACUGAAGAGGACGCAAUCAUUUUUAGACUUUCAGGACUCUCGAAUAUCACCUGCAUGGUAAAGGCUAAGAGUAAAUCUGUGAGCCCCAGAUAUGUCAUCUUUAGAGUAUUUGACAACGAACUAUGUUCUAAUGAGCUCGAAUCAGCUGUCUUUGAUUGUCUCUCAGACCAAGGUCUUGGGCCUGUCUGAUACUUCCAAAAUUCUCACUACAGAAUUGAACAAAGUUAUGACGCAAGACCCAUCACAAUCUUUGAAAUGAGGAAUCCUGUGCUCCUUAAGAAGAUUAUUGAAAAAACUUUUAAGUUGAAUUACAACCAAAAGUUAAAACAAACUUUGAUUGAUUUACAGGAGAAUCAUGGGCAUACUCAAGUGGAAACUUUGAUUAAUGACUGGCUUCCUAAAGUCACUGCUAAAUAUGAUCAUUACUACAGCUUGCUAACUGUUGAUCAGUAUAAAGAGGAUUUGGAGUGGUUUAAAAAGGAAUAUCUCCGCGAUGACGUAGUUGAAUAUCUCAAAGGUAUCACCUACGGCCUCAUUGAGGAGGGUCCUCCAGAGGACUCUCUCAAAAACUAUGUAGUGUGUCAUAAUGAUAUUCAGGAGUGCAAUAUUCUGUCUAUGAGACACCAUUCCUCAGAUCUGGCGAUUAUUGAUUAUGAAUAUGCAUCUCUAGGAAACAGAGAAUUUGACUUGGCCAACACGUUUUGUGAGAUGAUUGAGGAUAAUGCCUACCCAUAUUUCCCGUACAUUGCCUUAUAUCUUGAGAAUUGUCCGACUCAGGAAGAGUUUGAGGAAUAUAGUAAGUACUACCUUGAACUGUACCAUGAAACUUUUGGAGCUCCUGAAGAGACUAAAGAAGAGUAUGUGGCAAGAGAACUCCCUCAAUUUUUAGAAAAUCUCUAUUGCUGCAUGGUCUUUGAUGGAUAUUUCUGGGGUAUCUGGAGUAUACUCAUGAUUGAAGAAGACAAAAUCAAUGAUAAGAUCUUUAACUUCAGCUUGGGUGUUCUCAGGAUGAAAAUCACACACCAUUUGUUGACUCUUGAUUUUGUCAAAGAAGCAGUAGAUAACAAGAUUAGGAAGUAUAAAGCAAGUCAAGAGUAGAUGCAAAUACCCCACCGUAGCAGUUAUUCUGAUUCAAUCUGGAUACUA